AUGGCAGUGUUAGGAAUGGAAAGCAAAGCAUCUUUACCAACAAAGAUCGAUUUUCCACCAAACUUGAAGGAAUUGUCAAAGUCAGAAAAACUGAAGUAUUUACAUGAACUAUCAGCUAAAGUUGUAGAUACAUUUGUUUUUAAGACCAACUCCUCAAUUAAUUAUGUUAUUGGUAGUGUCCUGACACAAGAAGAGAGAGACGCAUUGCAACAGCAGCAAUUGACACCAGAUGGUCGAUUCCCCUGUCGAUUUUCAGGAUGCGACAAAUCCUUUAAAUACAAUGGCAUGAGUCGAAAGAAACAUGGGGCAUCACAUAACCCUCCUGUAAUGGCAGAAGAACCUGCAAUCUCUGUAAGCCUAUGCAAACCACCACCUCCAUCUGGAGAAUCAAAAGAACCAGAUGAUGCAUACAACUACAACUGUGCUCUUCUUGCUGAUAGUUAUUUGUUUUUCAAUUUCCUUGAUGCCAUUAAGGAGGGUGAUGGGGCGCGGCUAAUGAGGCAGUACAAGUAUUUUAUGCUUUUUUGCAAAGCAGACGGAUGCCAUAGCACGAAAUAUGCGCUAGAAUGCCUUUAUCAGUUCUUUCUCAUCCAUGGAGAGUUGUCACAGAGAGACAGUGAGCGAUUCAUUUGGAAAAGGUCAAUCAACAAUCAUGGAAAGAAAGGUUACAACAUCCCACUCGAUGAAGCAACCGAGCAUAGUAAUAACUUUGUAAAGCAAGGUAUUAAAAACCUUGGCCCAAACAUCAGCGAGGCAGCUGUUGCACGCAUAUGCAAAUGUGAAAGCGCUACAAGAUCCAUUCUUGACAAUUUGGAUGAGUCCAUAUCACGACAUAAGCAUAGCGGUAAACACUCCAAGCCAUCUUCUUCCAUGGAUCUACAAGAAUUGGUAACAAAGGCAUUCAACUUUAAUAUACUUAAAGAACAACCAGGCAGAAAGUAUCAUCAUUUUAAAGACUUUCAGGUGGAUCGCCUGAGUGAUCUUGAUUCAAAUGACUUGUAUAGUUGGAUCAGCAAACACAAAAAGAAUGUUGCUCUUGGUGUAAAGGCGAGGUGA